AUGGUUUCAGAAGAGGAGGAAGACGGUGGAGACUAUUUUAUACGAUCCUUCUGUUUUCUAAAAGGUAUGGUGUUCCUAUCGUCCAUGGCAUCCAAGAAGUCCAAAUAUGAAGAAUAUCCUGCAUUCACGAACUUCACCAUUAAAGUGGACGUUGAAGGUUCCUGGGCCAAGACAGUAAAAAAGGUAUUGAACAGUGUUCAAGGUGUGACUAAUUUCAGAAUGGAGAACAACGGGAAGGUUAACAUUUCAGGAUACAUCGAUCCAGUCUUACUUCUGAAAUGUCUGGAGAAAGCAGGAAAAACAGCAGAGAUAGUACAUUGGCAAUAUGGAGAAUGUUCAAAGAACCUGUUUGAGAAGACAAAAUUGCCCUUGCCCUCGGUUAAUAACAACAACUUAUAUCUACCAGGUUACGAAGGCUAUAAUAACAAUGGGUAUUAUGGUUAUAAUUACAAUAAUGGGUAUGGGUAUGGGUAUGAGUAUGGUUAUCCCCCCAAUUACAGGAGGAGCAACUAUGUCUUCAACCAUCUAGAAUGUUCAGGGAAUGCUUCUGACUGUUCUGGACAUCAUAUACGUAACCCAAACACUCCCAAUAAAUCGUCAUCUUCUUCUAAAACUCAGUUCCAAAAGCCUGCGUCUGGUCGCACUGGCAACCAUCCCACAUGCUGCAGUUUGAUGUGAAGAAUUUCUUGAAAAUAUGUUUUUGUGUACUUAAUGUUUGAAUGUGACUAUGGUUUGGUGUGGUGUGGUGGGGUU